AUGGCUUAUGAAUCUGAUAGUGGAUAUUUGGUAGAUUGGUGGUAUAUGAAGAUGACAAAGAUGACAAAGAUUAGAUAUGCUAGAAGAAGGAAUUUGGAUAACAAAAGUAGAGUCAUGUUGCUUGUAUGGUGUCUCAAUACAGGUGCUUAUAAGAUAUAUUGUCCUACCAUUAACAAAGUUAAAUUUAGAAUAAAUGUUAUUGUGAAAGAAACACAAGUGUGGGAAUGGAACAAGUCUCAAUCUAACUCUAGUGCAGUGUUAACACUUGAGUUAACUUUUGGAGAUAUUUCAGACUUUGAAAGAGAAUCUGCCUCUGAAGGAGAUUCUGCCUCUGAGUCUAAAGAUGAGUCAGAGUUUGAAGGUUACUCUGAUGCUGAAGGAGAUUCUGAAGGCGAACCUGACUCUGAAGGUGAAUCUGAUUCACAUUUUGAUGGUGAUCCAGACUCCGGUGGUAAUCAUGCCUUUGAAGAUGGUCAUGCCUAUGAAGGUGGCCCAACCUCUGAAGGUAGUCCAACAUAUGAUAUUAUUGCAUCAUCUGAAGAAGAUUUUGAACAAGUUAAACCUUACAUCUGGCUGGAAACUAUGGACGGGUCUAUCCAACGAGUAGAUGUAUCAAUUAUCACAUACAGCCCCAUAAUUUACGAUGAAGUUGUUGUAAAUCACAAAGGGACUUCAAGAGAUUGUGCAAUAUCUCUUCCAGACUGUGUCACUACUAAAAUAUUAGGUCACAUACUUGAUUAUUUUCAAUUCAUCCAUAUAAAGGGGUGUCCUAAUAAGGAGCGUACAAGUUUUGAUGAGAUAAUGGCUCAUGCUGAUAAAAUGACAUUACGUGACUUGGAAAUUGCUGCUGAGAAACUUCAAUUUAAGCAUUUGCUCUACCUGACUCGUAAAUCACUUGCUGGACAUUUUAAAGGAAAAACUCAUGAUGAUAUUCGUGAAACAUUAUAUAUACAAGAUUAUCUCACUAAGGAUGAUGAGUUUGGGGAGAAACUUUAUGAGGAACCUUCUAUUGAUGAUAUACUUUCAUUUAUUAAUGACACAAGUGAAGAGAAAGGAAUGAGUAAGAAGAAUAAAAAGAAGAAGAAUAAGAGGAGGAAGAAAGAUAAAUCAAAAGUUCCCUCAAAAAAUAUGAAUCAAAAUUCUGAUAAGGUUAGAAUCUACCAUUUAUUAAUUUAA